AUGCGUGCAGCCAACCUUGGGAGCCGGCGGGCGGACCGGCCGGACCCUCGGGCGGCCUUCAGCAGCCACGGACUCGCGCCUCCAGGGCGGGGCGGCCGGCGGCGGUUGCGGCCCCGCGUUGCGAGGCACUUCCGGCGUGUGCCGGGGUGGCCGGAUGACGUGGCUGAGUCAGAGGAAGAGGCAGGGAGGCGCGGGGGGCGGGGGAGGCUCCGGAGCGGGCGGUGA